AUGUCGUCGUCUGAACGCGUGCUCCAGAUCAACCCCGUCGUCCCCGAGUCUGUGAUCCACAACUCCAAGGCCCUCUCCAACCUCCACAGUCUCACUGCCUCCCUUUUCGGCGUCAGUGCUGGCAUCCUUGGCCUCGAAUCAUACUACGGCUUCCUCAUCUACUUCGUCUUCUCCUUCAUCACCACUCUCCUCUUCUAUUUCCUCAAGGUCGCCCCCGAGUCCAUCCCCAAGGGCCACGCUCCCCUCGACCCAUCUCGCUUCUACCGCGGCUUCUUUGACUUUUGGAUCAGCGGCAUGCUCAACGGCAUCUCCGGCUUCGUCUUGACAUGGACGUUAUUCUAUGGUUUGGUCCGAGCCUAG